AUGGCUCAUGAAAUCGACUGGCUAAGCAGUCAGGCUGGUAUGUGCAAGAUAAGCCUCUACAGCCCUGAUGCACAGAAAGACCAGGAACGUAAAGUAAUUUGCUUUGUCGAUGUUGCCAAUCUGAACAUAAAGGGAAGAAAUUUGGAUGAAAAUGUAGCUACUGGCCAGUCCAGCAACACCUCUGACCCUGCCAGUGAACUUGAUUUGAUGAACCUGGAGGAGAAGGAGAUCAUCAUAAUCAAGGACAAUGAGCAAAGCAACCACGUGAAUACGGAGGGAGCAGUUUGCCUUUUCAAGCAAGGUUCCACUGAAGAUGUCAACGUCACCAGCUGGCUCAACAACGACCUUCAGAAAUAUGCUGUUGGAUUCCGGCAUGCGCUGACCCCUUUGGGAACACCUCGCAAAGUGAAUGUGUUUGACAGGGCAUCUCAGAACAACAACAACAUUGCUCCCAACACUUCUGGUAGUGACAGGGAGCAUCCAGAUGACCUUGCCUAUUACGCCAAUAAGCUCUGUUCCUUAGUUAUUGAAAUGACACGCAAGGAGAUCAAGGACAAAUGGGAAAGCUCCGGGAAGUGUAUCCGCCAGACAAUCAGCUCCCACAGUGCCGGGAACAAGGCUACUGCAGCUGAGAGUGUCAAACCGAGCAAGUCACCUCCAGAAAGGUCCAUCAAGAGGGAUGACCCAUUUCCAGGCGAAAUGGUGAAUCACAAUGACUUUAAGCAGCACGAAGCAAUGUAUUCGGACAAAGCAAAGAAAUCAGAGGACAUCACUUCUGUAAGCAAAGGGAUGAUGGUAUACGCAAAUCAGGUUGCUUCAGACAUGAUGCUGUCCUUCUUGAAGACCAUGAAAGUCCAGAAAGGUAAGCACCCUCCACCAGCAUGCGCAGUUUUAAAAGAGGUGCUUGUGAGACACACCAAGGAAAUUGUCUCAGACUUAAUAGAUUCCUCAAUGAAAAACCUGCACAACAUCACAGGGGCACUCAUGACAGACUCUGAUUUUGUUUACGGGCUGAAGAAGAACCUUUACAAUGUAGGAACCCAGAAGUCUUCAGAGAUUUUAGAUGCCAUGGUGAAACGUUUGUUUAAAGUCCUCUCUGGAGACGAUAAGCAGGCUAGGGCUCAAAGCUUAGCCUUUGCAUCCUAUAAAUUGGGGGGGGCUUCGAACCCAAAAGCUCAGGGCAUGCAGUUUGCAUCUAUGAAAAGUGAGUCUUACAGCCAAGGGAAGGACAGAGGGGGUGGGCCAGGGAAGCCUUCUCCACGAGGAAGCAGAGGGCCAGACAAGCAAUCCUUGGAUGUGUACGCCAAAGAGCUUCUUUUAACAUCCUUAAUGCAGAUACAGCAACACCUGUUGGAAAAAAACAAAGAUUCUAGACCUUAUGAAUGUAACACCUCAUCCUUUGGCUAUAUUCACCGUGAUCCCGCCCACAGAAGGGCUGAUGGGAGCUCUGGCCCAAAGUACUCAUCCAAGCCAUGUGAAGGCAAAGCUGAGUUUUACCAGUCUGACAGCCUGAAAGAUAAAGGAAACCUCCUAGUGUCCAUGGUCCAGAAAAUCCUGCAUGAGGCUGGCUUAAAUCUAGACGAGACACUCUGUGGGGACAAAAACAGGGGCUAG